AUGCAGUCUCGUCAGCAGACCAGAUCCAUCUAUGAAGAUCAGCACACACGUGCAAUGCCCACACCUGCAUCUGCCUUUUUGCGCAUUGGGACGCCCUUUGCGGCAGGGUCAAGCUACGAGUUGAACAAUGUCCUUGCGCUCGAGCAAUCUCGAAACGACUCGUACACUGUCGAUCUACCCAUGAGCACACCAGAUGGAUCGGCGCCUUACACUCAUCAAAUCAUUGCUGACUCACAAACCUUUGCGGCUGAGCAUGCGCCUCAUGACGAAAUGGUCGAUGAUGGUCCGCUCUACAGAGAUCCGUGGGCCAGGAGGAACGCAUGGAGAACUCACCCUGUCUUCAGCAACCGGCAGAUGUUCAAAAACCUCUUCCCUGGAUUCGGCAUAGCAGUCGUUGCGUUCGCUGCCUUUGUGGGCAUAGACAACCUCAUUCAUCCGUCCAAUAUGGAAGCCAUCAGGCAACAAGCCCACGAAGCGACAUCUGGGCCAACGCUAAUGGACUCUAUCAAGGCGGCAAGGGAGGGCAAGCCGGCCAAGAAGGAGUGA